CCUGCCUUCCAUCUUCGAGGACAUGUAUUUGCAUUGUUAGAGCGGUCACUCGGCUUUCUUGUCAAUAUAAUAGUUCGUAUUUGACCACACCCACGAAACGGGAGCAAACGUACCUCAAAAGUUGUUGAAGAGUGUGCACCGUUUUGGGGAAACGUGUUGUUCAGUACAAACCGUCGCGCAACAUAGCAAACGAUGAACGCACCCAGGCGACAUCGCACCAGCGACUACACACCCAUCAAUGUAAACAGAUUGAGGUGCUGAUAGUCAGUUGAUUGACUUUGACUUGGCCUGCAGAGCAAUAGACUUUCGUGAUGUGGUCCAAUUAAAACGCGGGUUUCAUUCUUCAGGAGCCAACCAGAUGGACUGUUACGCAUUGACCAGGAAGCAAUGCCGAGUAGUGGUAAUCUGAAAUCCACUACUAUUUCUGCAUGAAAAGAAGUAGCUAGCUAUAUAGCUUUAUGAAUGUCCACUGAAAAAGGUUUUGCAUUAUACAAUGACGAUACAACGGCGAGGAAAUCCAAAAGUCCCAGACGCCAACGGGAUUGAGAAAAAGAUCAAAAGGGGUAAUGCUCUGAGGCAGGCGUCUGCAUGGCGGGUGUCCCGUGGCUCUCUGCUCGUAGUGGUGGUGGCCCUGGCUGUGGUAGGAACCCUCACCUGGCUCUACCUGGCCUCAGGGGACCCUUACACCACAGAGACCCUGGUCAGACAGGCUGAGGUGGUUGCUCAGACCAGGGUCUACACUGUGGAUUGUUCUGAGGACUAUGAGAACUACAAACGCUACCCAGGAUGCACUCCCAAAACAUGUGGCCGAGCCGUCACAGACAACUCGGUGACCAGGGAGGAGGCCAUGGCCCUCAGGCGGUUGGCAGAGAGGGGUCUGGCCCUAGCUGGUUCAGAUGGAGGGGCUUCCAUCCUGGACCUGCACUCUGGGGCUCUGUCGAUGGGGAAGCAGUUUGUCAACAUCUACAGGUACUUUGGGGAGCAGAUAACAGAUGUAUUCUCUGAAGAGGACUUCCGACUCUACAGGGAAGUGCGUGCUCGUAUUCAGGCAGUGAUCGCGGAGACAUUUGACCUGGACCCAUCUCUUCUGUACCUCACCAAGCCCACCUUCUUCUCACGCAUCAACAGCACACUGGCCAAGACACAGCAUGAUGAGUACUGGCACCCUCACAUAGACAAGGUAACCUACGGAUCCUUUGACUACACCUCUCUGCUCUACCUUUCUGACUACGGAACAGACUUCACCGGAGGCAGGUUCAUCUUCAUGGACUCCAAUGGCAACCGCACUGUGGAACCACGAGCAGGGCGAGUGUCGUUCUUUUCCUCAGGGUCGGAAAACCUUCACCGCGUAGAGCAGGUCUCGUGGGGAACGCGCUACGCCAUCACAGUCUCCUUCACCUGUGACCCCGCCCACGCCAUUUCAGACCCCGCCAUGCCCAUGACCUCUGUGUGACAGUGUCGCCCGGAGGACUCCUGCAACCCAGAGACGGGAGAGAAAAGGGUGGUGAGGAGAGAAAAGAGGGGGCAGAUAUGUGAUUUUCCCUGAUAAUUCAGCAACACCUGAAAUAAUAUUUUCUAUAUCAGCAUCUUAUACUUAAACAGAAAUGAAUGCUUUUUACUUUUCUAUGUGGUGCUGAUCACAUCACUGAUGGUAGAGGCAAGGAGAAGGACAAAGGAUAAUACACUGGUCUAAGAUCAGUUUUAUCAGUGCCAAAGUAAACAGGGUGUACUGCUUUCUGACAAUAGGAUUCCACUUACUACACAGUGUGUUCUUCACAAUAUAAAUUAAGUGAUUUAAAAGUAAAUUGUUUUGAUACAAUGUUUUGCCUUUUUUCUUUUCUUUGUCACAUUUCCAUUCCAUGGUUGUUUCUAUACUGAUUGUGUUGCAGAAGGGGUCAAAUGUAGUCCGGGUACCAGUCUCUUCUGCUACCAUUCCACUCCUCGCCACUCCUCCUUGGCAAUGACAGAGUGUCAAGGUGUGGAAUGUUAGCGAAAGAGACCGGUACUUAGGCUAGGUCAAAUGCCUGUGCCCUCUAUUUCUAUCUAAUUUCAACUUUGCCUUGUUUAUUCCUCUGUUUGUUUCUCUUUCAAUAUUUGUGCGCCAACGGUUUCUGCCCCACUAGAAACUGAAUGGCUCAAAGCACAAACGGGUCUCAGAGAAAUGGGCUUUGGAGAGGUGGAGUAGUGGUAUUUGUACACCUCUUGACAACUUUCCUAAUCCCUCGUGUGAAAGUAUCAACCUGUCGAAGCACCAAAGGGCACUUCCAUGCCAUUCACUCUCACUUACAUAGGGAAUGUGACAAUGUGUUUUCUUCUGAGAAGAAACCCCACAGUUGAAAAGUAAUUAGUAUUUUUAUGUGUCAAGCUUUAUCAUUUGAUCAAAUGGGAUAUUAUUUGAAGAUUGUCUGUGGGAUUUGGAAGAAAUAAAAGAACCUGAAGUAA